GCCACCCACUACUGACUAUUUAUACGGCUAAUCCCAUUCUCCUGAAAAGAAAUUCCGCCACUUCUUCCCGAGUUGACUUCAGAAUCUUCAUGAAUACUAGAACUACUGUGGUAUCUGCAGUUUCCUGUAAAUCGGGAAACAAGAACGGCUUCUUCUGCUGGAUUUUGUUGUGCUUGCUUUCAAAGUUCUUUAAGACUGCUACGCUGAACGUGCACUCAUUUGAAGCAUUUGGAAAGGCUUGCCUACCAUAGUGUUAAUAUUUGGCCAUCUACAUCUGUCAAAGAGCUGCUGGAAACAUGGUUUCUUCUCAGCUCUUUGCUCCGACAAAAACAAACUUGCAAAAAUCUUUCCACCGGCAAUUGCUUUUACCACUGAGUGCCCCCGGUUUGAUUCCUUCUGAGCAGGUUGAACUCGAUUUCUCUGAUGUGUUUGGUCCUCCUCCAUGUCUGGCCUCAAAUGAAACAAGUAAUGGAAUGUCUGAGGGUGUGGUGUUUCCAGCAGAUAUGAGUGAGCUUGUCUAUGAUGAUCCGGAGAUUGUACACAGUAGAUCACAUUCUUUGGUUGGUCCUUCUUCUUAUAAAAAUCAGAUACUGAAACUUGGGAGGCUCACCAUUCAUGAAGCAGAAGAUUCGCUGGAACUGGUAGAGAACGUUAUUGAACAGACAAUUAAGGAAGACCAGGAGCUAUCUGUCAACGACUCAGCAAAAGGUGGGACUGUCUGUCUUGAAGAUUUUGAAGUCAUGAAAGUUGUUGGCCAGGGUGCAUUUGGGAAAGUAUUUCAGGUUAAAAAGAAGGGUACAUCAGAUAUUUAUGCAAUGAAGGUGAUGAGAAAGGAUAAGAUUAUGGAGAAGAACCAUGCUGAAUAUAUGAAAGCAGAAAGAGAUAUCUUGACAAAGAUAGAUCACCCAUUUGUUGUCCAGCUUAGGUACUCAUUUCAGACUAAGUAUAGGCUUUACCUUGUGCUCGACUUCAUUAAUGGUGGUCAUCUCUUCUUUCAGCUCUAUAAGCAAGGCCUUUUCAGAGAGGACCUGGGACGAAUUUAUGCAGCUGAAAUUAUAUCAGCAGUGUCUCACCUUCAUGCAAAUGGAAUAAUGCACAGGGAUCUCAAACCGGAAAACAUUCUAGUGGAUGUGGAUGGCCAUGCCAUGUUGACUGAUUUUGGACUUGCCAAGGAAUUCAAAGAGGACACAAGAUCAAACUCCAUGUGUGGAACAGUAGAGUACAUGUCACCGGAGAUUGUUCUUGGGAAGGGCCAUGAUAAGGCUGCAGAUUGGUGGAGUGUAGGAAUUUUGUUGUUUGAGAUGCUCACGGGCAAGCCUCCUUUCACCGGAAAUAGGCAAAAGAUUCAGCAGAAGAUAGUUAAGGACAAAUUCAAGAUGCCAGCCUUUUUGUCCAGUGAAGCACAUUCCCUUCUUAAAGGGCUGCUGCAAAAGGACCCAACUAAAAGGCUUGGCAGUGGGCUGAAGGGAAGUGAUGAAAUCAAGGACCAUAAAUGGUUCAAGCCAAUCAACUGGAAGAAGUUGGAGGCAAGAGAGAUGCGGCCAAGUUUCCGUCCUGAAAUUGCUGGAACACACUGCAUUGCAAAUUUUGAUAAGUGCUGGACAGAUAUGUCAUUGGUUGAUUCUCCAAUUUCGAGUCCAAAGGAUAAUUCGGACCCUUUUCAGGGUUAUACUUUCGCGAGGCCUGCUGCUUCCUUUCUCCUGAGAAGCAGUCCCUUGUGCUAGGAUGGUUUGAUGAGAUAGCACUUUAUGUUGUUCCAUUUUCUUCUCUAGGACGUAGUAGCCAGCUGAGUUCAUUCGUUGGGUGAAUGAAACCUAUCCUUCUGUUCCAUUAUUUAAGUUGUUCCAUUUUCUGUUACUGAUUCAGAGACUCCUUAUCUUAGACCUUCCAUCAGGUGCAUGACACUAAGGUUUGGUAAGGUUGUUUGUACUUUAAAAUUAUAAGAUUCGUGGCUGUGUUGCACUUUGAAAAAUGAUGAAGAAAGAUCUUGUUUUUCACUUCC